AUGCGGCAAACAAGGGCCCUUCUGCUGGCCGGCGCCUUUGCCAGCUCCAACGUGGCCAUUGCAGCUAGCCUUCCGCGAGGCGUGAGCCCAGAAUUCGCCAAGUUCUACGAAGCAAAGAGCAAGUUCACCUGCAUCACCAACCCCAGCAUCGUUCUCGACAUUGCCCAGGUCAACGACGGCUCCUGUGACUGCCCCGACGGCUCGGACGAGCCUGGCACCGCCGCCUGCGCCUAUCUCGACCCCCUUUCGCCGCCGCAGCCACUCCCAGGUUCGCCCUCGGGCACUACCAACACAACACCCGCCCUGCCCGGUUUCUGGUGCGAGAACGCCGGCCACGUCGGCGCGUACGUGCCCUUUUCCUACGUCAACGACGGCAUCUGCGACUACGAGCUGUGCUGUGACGGCAGCGAGGAAUACGCGCACAAGGGCGGCGUCAAAUGUGCAAACAAGUGCGCGGCCAUUGGCAAGGCGUUCCGCAAGGCCGAGCAGGAGCGGCAGCAGGGCCAGGAGCGGGCACUGAAGCAGCGGCGGGCACUGGUCCAAGAGGCGCGGCAGCUGCGCAACCAAGUAGUGGAACGGAUUGCCAAGUUCCGGAGCGAGAUUGUGGGCCUGGAGAAGACGCGUGACCGGCUGCAGCGGGAGCUGUCCGAGACGGAGCGUGCCGAGCGCGGCAAGGUGGUCAAGAAUGGCGGCAGCGGGCCCAAGAAGGGCAGCAAGUUGAGCCUGCUGGUGAGCCUGGCCAAGCAGCGCGUGGACGAGCUGCGCGAGACGCUGGACAAGGUGCUGGACCACCGGGACGACCUGCAGGACAAGGUGGACGAGCUGGAGACGAUCCUGCGCAACUUCAAGGAGCAGUACAACCCCAACUUUAACGACGAAGGUGUCAAGUCUGCCGUGCACGCGUGGGAGGACUACGCGGCCAAGACGGCCGGCGAGCAAAAGACGGAGCUGAGCGACGUUGACGUCCAUGCCGUCCUCAAGGAGGACUCGGAGGAGAACGGCGUCAACUGGAAGGCGUUUGAGACGGACGACGCCAGGGACACGGAUGUUUUGUACAGUUUCGAGGCAUAUCUGCCACCGUCUGUGCGCCUCUACCUCCACGACAAGCUGGCCGCCCUCCGCGUGUGGCUGGUCGAGAGCGGCCUGUUGGCCGACAACAGCGACGCGUCCAACGAGUCGCAGGCUCUGAAGAACGCACGCGGCGCAUUGCAGAGCGCCGAGAACGACCUCAGCAGUCGCCAGAACUCGCUCCGCGAGGACGAGGCCGACCUGACCAAGGACUACGGUGCCGACGAAAUUUUCCGGGCGCUCAAGGACAAGUGCACGACGACCGAGGUGGGCGAGUACGACUACGAGGUCUGCUGGCUCGGCCAAGCCACGCAAAAGUCCAAAAAGGGCCACGGUAACACCAGCCUGGGCCGGUUUGAGCGUGUCGACACGGAGGUGGCGGACGAGGAAGAGCGCACCGACGGCAAGAGCCUGGGCAAGGGCCCGCGCACGGUGCUGCGGUACGAGAACGGCCUGCACUGCUGGAACGGCCCCAACCGGCGGACGGACGUCUGGCUGGGCUGUGCCGAGACGGAGGAGAUCUGGCGCGUGACGGAGGCCGAGAAGUGCGUCUACAAGAUGGAGGUGGGCACGCCGGCUGCCUGCAAGGAGUCGCCCAAGGCUGCCGACACCGGCUCUGGAAAGGACGAGCUGUAG